GAGGGAAGAUAUACGGGGGAUUGCAUUGCAGUACACUUAUCUUACUCCCUGCGUGGAGCCGGAACUCGGGGGUGUGAAUGAGCACAAACUCGCGGCUGGUUGGGGAGCUGGUGACAAAAACACGCAGCGCAUUUGCGCCUCAAAACGCGGACCGAAAACCUGACGCACUGCUCAAAAGUAAAAAAGGUCGCCUCCACGUUUUAGAAGAGACCGGAAAGUGGUCAAAACAUUGGACAGCGAGAGCGCUCUUUUAAUCUCUGAAUGCUCACGGAACGGCAACUGAUGUUUGGCAAAGACUGCUGCUCCUGCUGUACGGACCGGGCCGCGGAGGAGCCACAAAACAAAAGAGGAGGACAGCAGAAGCCAAACAGACGGCGCGCCGCGGAAGGGAAGGAGGGCAAAGCAGAAGGCGCGUGUGUGCAGAGAAGCAGUGCCCUAGAUCUGAAAGGCUCCUGAGUUACCGUGUCGUUCAGGCUCCUUGCAUAGUGCAUCUCAAGCCGCAGCUGGGAAAAACAACCGCAAUGGGAAUGCGCAGAGUGGCGGCACAUCUCCGUGCGUAAAUGGAGACCCACCGGUGCAUUUUGGCUGUACUUCGUAUGCGUACAAUAUAUUAUGGUUGUCACUAACUCUCGUCCUUGUCCCAUGACCGCACUGGUAUAGGUGCACUAUAGACUUCCUCAUACUUCACAUCUACCAUGAGUGAUGGCGAUGCCUGCGGUAUCUGACAGUACCGGUGCGCAGAGCUUCAGCGCACCGGAUGGCAAUGGCUACUUAAAAACAUGUGUCAUCCCACUGUGCGACGACCGAGAUUACGAGUCGUGGGUGAGGCUAAUGUUCUCAAAAGUGCGGAGUUCCCACAGAAUCCGGAGUGUGGUGUGCGUGGGGUCGCUCUCGGUCUUCCUCGCUCUGUUGGUCAAAUGCGCAGACUGGAGAGCUGAGGCCAGCAGCAGCAGCAGCAGCAGCGGCGGCGCUGACAACAGAGUCUCGGAUUCAUCGUCCCUCUUUCACUUCGUUUCGGGCUGCGCGGCGGAGCUGCUGCAAACUUGCUGGAGUGUUGUUUCCCCGCUGUUCACCCUCGUGUGCGCCUUCUUCUGGGUCGGCGUCUACUUGAUCCGCUGCGGAGUUCUAAUCCGGACCGUCCUCUCCCUCCUGACCUUGUGCCACCUGGGCGAGUCGGCGGCGCGCUCCCUCCUGGACGGGACAGAUGAGCGGCUGUUUCCUUUCGCGACAGCGGCCGUGGUCGUGCUCGCCUGCGUGGCCGCCGGCUCACUCAUGGUAGCGCGUGUGAACCAGGGCAUAUCCGUGCUGGUGUUCAUUAGCCUCGUGAGGACCAUCUCGCUCUUCUCGCUGCACAAAGUGCGGGCCACCUGGAGACCGUACGUAGCGUACCUGGUUGGAGUGCUGGGCAUCCUGCUGGCGAGGUAUGCUGACAAGCUCCUUCCCAACCAAGGGAGACACAAGGAGGGCUGCACCCCCGUGACUGGAGCUGGGGAAGAGAUCCCUGUAUUUAAAAGGCGCAGGAGGUCCAGUUCUGUGGUAGCCUCAGACAUGGCACACAGUCAGUCCAACAGUAAGUCACAUCGCCGGACCUCUCUGCCAUGCAUCCAGAGGGACCAGAUGCUCCCCCGUUCGGAGUGGGACCACAAGAGAGGCUCCCGAGGAUCACAGUCAUCGGGCACCACUGUCAUGGUGGACAUAGCGGUGAUGGGAGAAGCCCACGGACUGAUCACAGACCUGCUGGCUGACCCCUCUCUGCCCCCCAACACCUGCACGUCACUGCGGGCUGUCAGCAACCUGCUGACCACCCAGCUCACCUUCCAGUCGCUGCACCGGCCGCGCCCCGCCUCGCUGCUCAACCCCGGGGACGCCUGCACCUUCUCCGACUCGGAGGAGGGGCCGGAGAAGGGAGAGAAGACAUCCAUCCAUAAGCGUCUAAGGCGGAGCCUCCACCCGGGUCUUCUGAGAAGGAUCUCUUCCACGUGGACCACUACCACCUCUGCUACAGGCCUGCCCACCAUUGAGCCUGGGCCCGUCCGAAGGGACCGCAGCGCCAGCAUCAAACCCUUCCAUGAAGCACUCACCUGCAGCUGUGGGAGACCAUACAUCAAACUGAGCCAUGGGGAGGGUUCUAUAGACAAGGGAGACAGGAUACCACGGUCAGCAGAGGAUCAAGCAGUGGUGUCAUCCGACUACGAGAGCACCCACGAAGCCAACCACAGUGACAGCAGCGAUGUAGCACACACAGAGGAGGACACAGAGGAGGGAAAAAAUCCUGCCCAAAAUGUCAUCCUCCACCCACUAAUACCUCCGGAGGACCAGCCAAUUCUGGCUCCAGAGCCUUUAGUUAUGGAGGACUUACAGCCUUUGAUGAGUCAGCUAAAUAAUUGGAACUUCCCCAUCUUCAGCUUGAUGGAGAAAACCAACGGGAAAUGUGGCCGGAUCCUCAGUCAGGUCUCCUACAGGCUCUUUGAAGACACUGGUCUGUUCGAGACCUUCAAGAUCCCCGUCAAAGAAUUCAUGAACUACUUCCAUGCCCUUGAGAAUGGUUACAGAGACAUACCAUAUCACAACCGGGUCCACGCCACAGACGUGCUUCACGCAGUCUGGUACCUCACCACGCAGGCGGUGCCCGGUCUGCCCAGCCUCAUUGCUGACCACGGCUCGGCCAGUGACUCAGACUCAGACAGUGGAAUAACACACAGUCAUAUGGGCUUCCUGGUUUCAAAGACCUACACUGUGUCAGAAGACGGUUACGGAUGCCUGUCGGGACUCAUUCCUGCUCUGGAGCUGAUGGCCCUUUAUGUGGCCGCCGCGAUGCACGACUACGACCACCCGGGCCGAACCAAUGCUUUCCUCGUGGCCACCAGCGCCCCACAGGCAGUGCUCUACAACGAUCGAUCCGUCCUGGAAAACCACCACGCUGCCUCAGCCUGGAACCUCUUCAUGUCGCGGCCAGAGUACAACUUCCUCGUCAACCUGAACCACGGAGAGUUCAAGCGUUUCCGUUUCCUGGUCAUUGAGGCCAUAUUGGCCACUGAUCUGAAGAAGCACUUUGACUUCCUAGCUGAGUUCAACGCCAAGGUGGGCGAUGAUCCAUCCACGGGUAUUGAUUGGUCUAAUGAGAACGACAGGUUGCUGGUCUGCCAGAUGUGCAUCAAACUGGCUGACAUCAAUGGGCCUCUGAAGUGCAAAGACCUGCACCUGCAGUGGACCGAGGGCAUCGUCAACGAGUUCUAUGAACAGGGCGAUGAGGAGUCCAGCCAAGGCCUACCGAUCAGCCCCUUCAUGGACCGAGCAGCCCCGCAGCUGGCCAAGCUCCAGGAAUCCUUCAUCACACACAUUGUGGGACCGCUGUGCAACUCCUACAACUCAGCCAGCCUCAUUCCUGGACGAUGGGUGGAGCCCAACCCGGAGGAGGAGGAGGAGGAAGAGGAGGAGCCGGAGAGUGCUGAGAACGAGGAGGAUGAUGAAGAGGACACUGCAGAGGAGGACACGUCCACCAGCUCAGAAGCAUCACAGAAAGGAACAUCCAAGAACAGAAGGAAAGUCUUCUGCCAGAUCACCUACCACCUUCUGGAGAACCACGAGAUGUGGAAGAAGGUGAUCGCAGAGGAGGCCCAGCAACAGGACCAAGGCGCAGAAUCUGUCCAUUUAAACAAUGUAGCCGAGCCAAUCCUGGCUAUUCACGAGGAGGAAGAGGAGCCAGGCAGCCGAGAGGAGCUAGUAGAAGGAGAAGAUCCGGAGGAGGGGGGGGAGGAGGAAUCCGAGUGGCCGGUUUCUCCACAGGAGGACUCUCAAACUCCAGUGGAACUAGCCGAGGAGGAGCCACAGUGAAACAGCCUGCUGGCCAUGCGGCACCGGACGGGGCAAGGACGUGAAGAAGUAUUUCUUGUUUUCCUAUAAACUGACUCCUGUCUUCGCCAGCACUUCACUUAGACACAACACUGUAGAUGUUUGGGAAAUGUGUGCCUAUACAGAAAAAGAAAAAAAAACAACAGGGUGGGAACAUUUUUGCUUUACACAAUUUAUCUAAAUAUCUUGUUUCACCAAACAGUUAAAGGAGCUUUUCAUUUUGCAAUACAGGAUUAUUUGUGUACUUUGGGAUACUGACUCUUUUGCUACUGUCAAGAGAAGAGGAAAACUGCUUGCACAGACCUCAACCCAAUGUGGUAACACAGGACUGCAGACAUUUGCUGCCAAUUUAUAUAUAAUUAUUUUCUGAAUGCAAUAUAUAGACAUCAAAGUUACUUGUACUUGUGUUUCAAUUUUAGCAAGAGUUUUCGAGGUCUCACGUGGGCCAUAAUAUGUUUUCUUUUUCUAUAUAGGGAUUAUAAAGGGAGCCAAUCAAAUGAGGAACAUUGUGGUGAUCUUUUUAUUCCUUUCAACUUCCGCCAAAAUAAAUCACCCAACCAUAGAAUUUAGCAUACGAAAUCAAAUGAUAGCACUUUUGUGUCUUACAUUGGUUGCCAGGUUAACUACUUUAUACAACUUGGGGGAGCAAUAUUACAUUAUAGUAGGACCCGAGGCUCCUUACACUCUGUAUUUAUGUGCUUGCGUGUGUCUGCAUGUUUAAAUUAGUGCGCUCAAAUGCACAAUACUUCUGCAGAGGACAUGGAUGAAUUCAGCAGAUUAUUUCUGCCAUCUCUGGUCUCCAGCCCAGAGCUGAAUAUAGCGCUUAUAACAGGGUUAACAGUCUCAAAUGUAGUCCAGUAGACAAGGCAACAGAGGGAUGUUGGAAAUGAAUCUGUGCUCAAUAUGAAAACCAAAAAGGGAAGACGGUACACGGAGCAUACAAUAAUACUACCAAAGUGUUAAGGAACAAACAACUGCAUUCUUAUGACACAAAGAACCAGAAAGCAUGAUCUAUUCAACAAAAGUCCCUCAAAUAAAUGGGAUGUAAAAUCCUACCAAGUUCUUUGUAGGUGGCCAUAUAGAUUAAUUAAUACACUGUCUUACUGUAUCUUUUUUUGUGCAAUUUUGUACUCUCUGACUAUGUGUUUGGACCCAGUGUGCUGUAUCACAGUCUUUAUUUACUGGUUUUCAUUAUUUAAAAACCUGCAAAUGAUGCUGACCUUUAACCCUCAGGAAACACUCAACUGUUGAAAUUCAAAGUAGACAUCUGUACCACCUGUGAGAACAGUUACAGUUACAAACAUGCAGGGAUAGAAAGCUAGUUUUGUUCAUCAAAGGCUUAGAGCCUUUAUGCUACAACCUCUUUGACUAUUGUAACAUAUUUACAUCCAAACGCGGGGCAUCCGGGUGAAUUCUUCUCCUGGCACCAGGAGACGUUGAUUCUCCCGGAGCUAAGAGCAAACUAUCUAGAGUUCUUCUGCAAGUGAAAGCCCAAUCAGAUGAGUCAAAUCUGAGAAGUCCAAGGGUUGAUAAAAGUGUGUUGGUGCAAAGCUGACGGCUAAAUACUGAAAAUGUCUGAAGCCAGUUGAAAAUAUUGCUCUUAAUAAGGAGAAAUGCAUCGCAGUAAAAGUUGCAUUUUUAGUAAUGAUGGGGAUGGCAGCAAUACGUCUUAUUUCAUUUGUUAUCUAGUUUUUUUAUUUGGAUUUUUUAACCAAUGUCCCGUCACUGAUACUCAGUCCAUGUAAAGUCAUCCCAACAUUUGGCUCUUAAAUGUUGUGUCCCUUCACUUUUUUAUGGUGGAAUAAUUGCAUUAGUAGCGUAGUGUUAUUAUAUUCAGAGAUGAUUGUCCAUCUAAAAUGCAAAUCUUGUUGUUUUCUCAUUGCUUCAGGAUCACUGUGAUUAUGAAAAAGAAAGGAAAUGAGUAGGUUUGUUGUAGGAAUCGUCACCCUAGACAUUUAAUUGGUGAAAUCAAUGAAAACAUGGUUUCUAAAAACAUGACUUGUAUAUAAAACUUUUAAAUAAUUUUACUGACUUGAAGUUGCAUGACAUCCCCUACUUUCCACCAAGAAAAAGCCAACAAGGUAAAACAAUUAAAUAACCAACUGCACCGUAGCUUGAGUAAAAUGCUAAAUGUCUCUGAAGAAUUCCCCACUUUGCUUCAAUAAUUCACAUUGACGGAGAAUAAGUGUUUGAGGGACCCCGAGCAGAUCUUGACUCGAACCAGUAAAGUGCUCCACGCCCAAUUGGCAGGUCAACAGUGAGGCAACGUGUUGUGAAUUAUCCACCGCGGCUCCCGUUGACCUCUGAUGACCUACAUGCACACUUCAGUCUGAUGUGCGCCGGUGUCCCAUCUCAAACGGUACCACAUCUUUCCUAAACAAUCACAUUUCUUGUAAACUAUAAAAGGUAACGCGGCACACGGGUCGACCCGUGUGUGCUGGACAUGAAAAAAAAGGCCCUUGUGUGGCGCCAUUGGAACGACACGCUAGAUCCGCGGCGGCGUGUUGACUGCUGCCCUGACGCUGCUCUCUGCUACGGUGCAAAGGGGGAGGAGGACAAACUCAGGAAGUGCAGCUUUUAGGCCAAAACAAGUUGAAUAUAAUUGGUUGAGCCAGUGGUUAGAAAGGCAUUAGACAGAGAAUCAGAUCAAACUCGAGGCAGCCGGUGAACUUCUUUUUUUUUUUUUUUUGUGGUUUCUUGUGAUCUUGUGUUCAUUGUAUCUCAAAUACAAAAUUCCUCCUGUUUCCUCUUUUGUUGCUGUAAUUCAUCCCCAAUGAGCUAUAAUCAUCAUUCCAUAGACAAUUAACACGGUUCAGUCGGCAUUUCGAAAAACCUGAUGAAAACCCAUGUUAUAAACGUAAGCAAUUAAAUACAACACAGACUCCUUCUCUAAAGUGGUCCAGAUUUGAAUAUAUAUAUGACUACAUCAACUUAAACUGUUUAAUCCUCCUGCUUUGUGAAUGUAAAAACAUUGUGUGUGUAUGUGUGUGUGUGUGUGUGUAUGUAUGUGUGUGUGAGAGAGAGAGAGAGAAAAAGAGCAAGAUCAUUUAUGUCUGUAUGUAUUGAUUUUUCCAUCGGCCUCUCUAAUGUGAUUUAUUUUGCCUGUGUUUACUGUUGAGUAGAGGCUUACUAUCAAGUAGGGGUGGUGAAAUAAUGAAGGGUAAAGUGACGCAGAAAGUAAUUCUUCAAUUCUCCUCAGAUGAAUCUUCCGUUGAUGUGGAAGGUCCACUAGCAUAUUUUUCCUUUGUGCUUCCUCUUUGACCUGCCGCGUGUUGGGAUCAGGGAUCCUCACUGGUUACCGCGGUGAUUCAUCACACGUCUCUCUCACCUCGAGAGGUGAUGAGAUUCUGUCCACAGUGUUAGUUUGUUGGUGGUCGCUCUCAUUUUUAGUGAUGCUUCUGUCCGCUGUCACACAAGUCCAUAUUUGAGUUUGAACUGAUACAGUAUAUCAGUUUUAAUCGUGUAUUUUUUUUUGUGUCUGGAAUGGUUUUGCUUCAUUGUCAUAUACUUAUUCACACAUUAAGCAUAAUUGUAACCAUGGGAACCAAACAAGCUUUACAAUUAUGUAAAACAAAAUGAGAUGAGUAUUUUUAUAUAGUUGACACAUGAUUUAAUAAUUGUUUUCUUCUCACUAGUACCUUGCACUUAUCACAUGUACUAAUACUUACACAAGGAAGAAUAUGUCCAAAUACACAGUAUUUGUGAAAGUAAAAUCAUUUUCUUGCAGGUUGACGCUCCAUUUUGUACAAUAUACAUAUUUGCUGUACAGUAGAGAAAUUUUAAAAAUACAAAAACUCUUUUAGAUAUACAUUAUUUAUUUUUACCAUUUUGUAAUUUAGACACUAUACUGUAGCUUCAAUAUUGCCAGACUUACUGGAAGUGCCUAUAUUGGUAUUAUGUAUCAUACAGUGAAUAUAUUUGAAGAUCAUUAGAAGUUGUCACAAACUGAACCAUGUGGAUGUUGUAAUGUGAAUACAUUGAAUUACAAGACUAUAAUUUCUGUGGUA